AUGUACAAGGGCAUGAACUCUGAGCAGGUCACCGUGGCCCUCAAGGGCAGCGACUACCUCGCCGAGUGGGGGACCGAACUAGAACCAACCGGCGCGACCGGCGCGACCGGCGCGACCGGCACCGGCGCGACCAGCGCGAUUGCGACCGGCGCGACCGGCGCGACCGGCGCAACCGGCGCGACCGGCACCGGCGCGACCGGCGCGACCGGCGCGACCGGCACCGGCGACCGGCGCGACCGGCGCGACCGGCGCGACCGGCGCACCCGGCGCGACCGGCGCGACCGGCGCGACCGGCACAACCGGCUCGACCGGCGCGACCGGCACCGGCGCGACCGGCGCGACCGGCACGAUCAGCACGACCGGCGCGACCGGCGCGACCGGCAGGCCUACGCCGCCGGCGGCAGUGCCGAUGCGCACGAUGCCGCCAGGAAGCGCGCCCCCGACGACUUCUGCCUGCGUGCCUCUGGGUGCCGCGUGAUCGUGGAGGUGCUGCAGGAGAGCCUCGGGGGCCUGGGCGAGCCGCGCCCGAGCGGCUCGGCGACGGUGGAGGUCGAGGAUCUGCUGGAGGGUGUGCUGGACACCUUGCGGUACUGGGCACAGGGGCCGGAGAUCGCGCUUGAGCUCCGUUGCGGAGAGGAG